AUGAACACCACCAACAACAAAACCAACACCAACACCGGCCUCACCGGCGCCGGCAAGACCGUGACCUCCACGCUCGGCAACACGGUCGGCGGCCUGGCCAACACGGUGGGCGGGGUGCUGGGCGCGGCCUCGCGCGGGGUCGGCGAGACGGUCAACGGAGCCACGGGCGGCGUCGGCAGGCCGCUCGGCGACGGCAUCGCCAACAUCGGCUCGGGCGUCGAGGGCGGCGUGGCGAACGUGGCGCAGGGGGUGAAAGAUGCGGGGGAGUGGAAGACGGGGGCGGGGUCGGGGGUUAGGAAGUGA